GUACGCAUAGUCCAUGUGCUCCAAGGCUUUGCUGCUCCUGGCCGCCAUGCUGGCUGUGCGCUGCUUUGGCAGCGGGUCUUCCAGGCGUACGCUUGCAUUGGCCUGUGAGGAGGUGGAUGCCACGGACGGGGACGCAUUAGAAGCUGCAGUCGCGCUCGAAAACAAUAGAUAUAGCAGUAAUAACAACAACUACAACUACGCGUUUGGCGACGUUGGUGGCAUUGCGGAUAGCAACGACAACGAGCUGAACAAUGACAACUAUAACUACAACAAAGCAGUGGCCAAAUGGCAGCAGCACCAGGGGCUCCUACAGCAACAGAAGCUCUACGGAAAUCCCAUUUACAGCAUAUACGACUUCAGUCGAAGCCAGCCGCAGCAACGGCAACAACUACGGCGUGAGUUUGAUGAUGAUCCAGUGAAUGCUGGCAAUGACUUCCGUCUGCAAUUGUCCGACUUAAAUGCGGCCGUUCAAGGUGUGGGCAGGUUUGUUGUCGAGCACCACAACAGCCCGGACCAGGACAACGACAAAGACAACGACAACAGCAGCAGCAGCAGCAGCGAAAACAAUGCUGACAGCAACAGCCAGCCGCAACAACGGGAAUUGUUGCUGGAGCGCCGGAGUCGCAUCAGUCGAAGGGAACCAGAGGAGGGUCAGCCGGAGCUUUAUGAUAACGAAUAUGCAGCAGCUGCUGACUAUGCGGUGGCGGCCGAGGAUGCGGAUGAGCUGAGUGAACAGCUGCCCUACGGCAUUCAGAAUGUGCGCAAGCGUCGCGUUCGUAGCGUUAUGCCUCCCGCUCAACAGCUGCUGGCUCCUAGCCCUAACAGUGACGAGGUAACCUAUCAGUCGCUGUGCCCCACCAAUCGAGUCACCGUCAAGCUGGACAGCGGGGACUACCGCCCUAAUCAUUAUGUAGAGGUCACCUGUGCCCAUAACUACGCCCCGCAGCCGCCGCGGGUUCACAACUAUGACUACGUCUACAGGGGUAACGAACUGCUGCGGGCCCUGCUCGCGGAGCGGGGAGAGAAGCGCGAGAUCUGCUCGGCGAUAGGCUUCGCCUGCAUCCAGCUCAACCGCACCAUCCAUCUGAUCCGGCUGAACGAUGCCUCCGGCUGCUGGGAAUCCGAAACGCGAACGGUGCCAUCCGGCUGUGAGUGUAUGUGGCCCAAGCACAGCUACGGAGAUAUCGGCUUCUACCACCAGACACAGAAGCGGCACGGGGGCGUACGAGGACGUGUCGCCCCCACCAUUGACUACAGGCCAGGAGUGGGCUAUCGCCAGCUGACAGUGCGAGCCCGGAGUCCCAAAGCCGGGCAGCGCAGUCGACGCGAUGACUUGGGCUACGAGAGCUACGAGAUGAAUUAGUGGCACAGCGAGAGGCAAUACCUGUGCAGGGAGCAGGGAGCAGUGAGUGGAGGAUAUGCCAAGCACACUCAGAGUGUGCCCAACUGGAUUUGUGGCGGCAGAUUAGUAACUAAGUUGGAUCCGCAUAAAUUAUUUUCGCUUUAGUUUAGCCGUAACGGGAAGGUCCCUUAGUUAGUUCAGAUAAUUGUAAUGAAAUAUUAAUAAACAACUACAAUGG